CAUGUUCCCAUAUCAUCCCUACCCCACUUUCAUGUCCCCAUGUUCCCCUCAGUCCACUGCCAUGUCUUCCAUGCCCCCCAUGCCAUAGCCACAUCCCAGUGUCUCCCUGUCCCAUAGCAAUUCUACCCCGCAGCCAUGUCUCCACAUCCCCAAACCCCACAGCAAUCCCGUCCCAUAGCCAUGUCCCACAUAACUCCACCCCAUAGCCACAGCCCCAGUGUCCCUCUAGCCCCAGAGCAACACCCCCAUGCCCACUCCACCCCAUUGCUAUGACACCAUUUCCUCUGCACCCACACGGCAAUCGCACCCCACAGCCGUGUCCCCCAUAUCGCCCUACUCCAUACUGAUGUCUCCAUGUUCCCAUACCCCACGGCCGUACCCCCGUGCCCCCCCCAUGGCUGCACCUACUCCCCCCCUCCAUGGCCCUCCCCGCCAUGGCCGUAUUCCGGGGCGGCCCCGUGCGCCCUCCUCGGCUGCAGCGCUGCAGUUUCGGGUUUAGAAGAAUCGAGGCGGCCGGUGCCUGCAAGAAACGAAACUGCCGGAGUGGGAGGGGCCCUGCGGGGCACGGGGCGGGGUUCCAGGCGUCCGGGACACGGACCGGCAGCAGCUGGCGGGACCGGGACCGGGACCGGGACCGGGACCGGGACCCAGGUGUCUGGGAGCACUGCCCGGCACCCUACUGCAAUUUUUGUCAUGGCCCUCAGACAGCCGAAAGCUGAAGCCUUCUGCCAGCAAGCACCCAUCUUCCUGGACUACCUGCACAGCGUCCUGCAGAAGUACCCCGAUGGGGGGCAGAUCCUAAAGGAGCUGGUGCAGAACGCGGAUGAUGCAGGCGCUACCGAGGUUGUGUUUGUGUCCGACGAGCGGGAGUUCGAUGUCGCCGCUGGAGGGGGGCUGGAGGGAACCCAGGGCCCAGCUCUCCUGGCCUACAACAACGCCCCGAUGGUCCCCCGGGACUGGACUGGACUCCUGCGCCCAGGGGUGUCGCAUAAGCAAGGGGACCCCAGCACUGUGGGGCGCUUUGGCCUGGGCUUCACCUCCGUCUACCACCUCACUGACCUGCCGGGAGUGCUGAGCCCCCCAUCCCUGGGGGUGCUGGACCCUGAAUGCCGAGUACUGCCAGGUGCUGGUGCCCGCUGGGACAUCUCCACGGCCCAGGACCUGCCUGGCCUCUUUGAGCCCUUCUGGGCUGGGCUGGAGGCUGUGGGGCAGUGCCGUGGCUCUGCCCAGGGAACUCUGUUCCGCUUCCCCCUCCGCCGGCAACCCUCAGGCAUCGCUGUGGGAGUCUCCAAUCCUGAGUUCCUCCGUGGCCUCCUCCAGACCUUCCUCACUGAAGCCCCCCUUGCCCUUCUCUUCCUUCGCCAUGUCCGACGUGUGGCCCUGCACCACGUGUCCCCUGACGGGGCCCAGACCCUCAUGGGUACCCUGGCAGCAUCCCCUCGGCCUCUCCCCGUCCUGGGGCCAGCAGGAGCCACGGGGCUGAGCCUGACGUGGCGCCUGGUGGCCCUGUGCAGGGACGGGGUUGGGGACGGGGAUGAGUGGCUCGUGGCCACGGGCAGAGCCAUGGCAGGGGUGGCUGUGGAGCUGGGUGGGCGGAUAGGGUGCAGCCCCGAGCUGAGCCUGGCACAUCCCCUCCACGGGCCCUGCCAAGGGCGGCUCUGCUGCUUCCUACCGCUGCCAGCCACAGAGGAGAUGGCCACGGGGCUACCUGCCCACGCCAGUGCCCCCUUUGCCCUCUCCGACGAUCGCCGCCACCUCCGCUGGCCCUCUGAGGACGGGGAAGGUGAGGAAGAUGCCAGCUGGAAUGCCGUGCUGCUCCUCGACCUCCUGCCGCGGGUCUACAGCCAUGCGGCGGCUGUGGCUGCAACCCUGCCUGGCAUUGACCCCUAUAGCAUCUGGCCAGACCCCAAGUGCACUCCACACCACGGCCGUAUCGGUGAGGUAGUGGCCAAUGUCUGUCAGGAGCUGGCAGCUGCCCAUGCCCUGGUGCCAGCCGCAGAGGGGGCCCCAGGGCGGCUGCAGGCCACCGAGGCUGUGCUGCUGCUGGAGGAAACGGAGGACAUGGACACACGGCGGGUGGUCCAGGCCUUCCUAGUGGCAGCCGGGGAGCCAGUGGCCGUGGUCCCAGCCCACGUCCAGAGGGCGCUGGCACUGGGACUGGCCAAGGGCCUGCAGGAGGCCACAGCAGACCAUGUGCGAGAAGUGCUGAGGUGCCAUGGGGACGUGGGGCUCCCGGCUGCCGACCGACUCUGCCUGCUGCGCUACGUGGCUGGGGACGGGUGCUAUGCCAAGCUACAGGGCCUCCCACUGCUGCCUCGUGCCGACGGUACCUUUGUGGCUUUUGGCGAUGCAGCAGCCACUGUCUACGUGGACACAUCUGACUGCCCCAGGGUGCUCCUGCCUGGCCUGGCUGGGUCCUUCCUGCCCUCCAACCUGGAGCCAGCCCUGGACGACCUCCUGCGGGGCAUCGCCAAGGCAGGUCUCUUCUCUAACCUGGUUCUGCUGGACCCAGCCAUGACUGCCCGGACCCUGCGCUUGGCUCUGCCCCCAACCUGGACAUCGCAGUCCUCAAGCCUGGUGACCUGGUGCCCAGCUCAGGGUCCACCCCAGCCCCCAGCCCCAUGGCUGCCAGCCCUGUGGUUCUUCCUAGCCAACCACGUGGAAGACCUGGGCCCUGUGGAGGGGCUCCCCCUGGUCCCCCUGUCCCUACCGGGUGCCCCCAGCACCCAUCUGGCCCCACUGCUACCCCAGUGUGGCCUUAUCUUCCAGGUGUGGGAGGACCAGUGCCUGCCACCCACUGUGGCCCCCAUCCUGGAGGCCCUGGGCUGCCCCGUGGUGCCCCCAGGCAUAUGGCACCGCUCUCUGUCCCGCUACAUCCUGCCCCCCUCCCCCCUCAAUGCCCUGCGAGCCCUGGGCACCCAGGGGGCUGCAGAUGUGGCCUCCCGCCUGGCCUCACUGCCCACCGGAGCCGUGGAUGCUCUCCGGCUCUACCUGGCAGACGUCCCAUCCCUGGAAAAGCCAGAGAGCGCCAUGCUGGCCACUCUGCCUCUCUUCAUCCCACUGCCCUGCCUGGCUGCCCCACAGCCCAUGGGACUGGUGCCUGCCAGUGCCACCCCAGCACUGGAGCCAGAGCUGGAGCUGCCCAGAGAUGUGGUCCUGCCAAAGGCUAUGUUGCGGUGCCGGGACGAAGCUGACCGGCGGCUCCUAGGGCGGCUCCAGAAGUCCUUUGUCAGUGCUGCCUGUGUGGCACUGGAGGGCAUCAGAGCUGUGGCCCAGGGCACCUAUGCAGGACGGGCAGCUGAGGCCCAGGGACUGCUGCUCUGGGUGCUGCGGCACGGAGACACCCUCUUUGCACAGAGCCCCCCGCUCCGGCAGGCCUGCAGCAACCUGGCCUUCCUGGAGACCCCCAGAGGCCCUGUGUACCCACGGGACCUGUAUGACCCUUGCGAGAGUACCUUGCAGGUGCUGCUGGGCCCUGAAUGCUUCCCCCCUGCCUCCUUCUGCAGUCCACCCAUCCUCCGUGCCUUGAGAGCCCUGGGCUUGCGGCAUGGCAAGGAGUGCCUGGUGGCUUCAGACAUCCUAGAGGCUGCAGCAACUGUGAGUAAGGGUGAUGGGGCGGCUCUGGACAGGGCUAAGGCACUGAUCAAAGUCUGCAAUCGCCCCAAGGCACUGGCAGGCUUCAGCACAAUGGAGCUUAGGCAGCUCUGUGCUCUGCCAUGGGUACCCUGCUCAAAGUGCACCGGAAAGCCUGAGCAGCCCUUCCUGCCUCCAAAACUGCUGCGGUCCACCCGGUACAAGUGUCUGGUGGGGCUUGCCAUGCCUCUGACAGAUGUCUUCACACCAGAGGCAGAGGAGAAGCUGGGGCUGUGCCAGGCCCCCCCACCAGAGAGGGUGUGGGAGCAGCUGAGAUGCCUGGCAGGGUGCAGGGACACAGAUAAGGUAGUUCCUGCACUCCGAGCUGUCUACCAGCACAUGCAGGAAGAUCUGGGCACCUUUGGGGCUGCCCCAGAGGGUGCUGUGGUGUGGACUGGGACUGGGUUUGUCCUGCCAGGUGAUGCCGUGCUGGGCUACCCCGAGGAGCUGGACCUGGCAUCAUUAGUGCCUCGGGUGCCCCCUGACUUCCUGCCCUACAGCUGCCUCUUCAGGGCUUGGGGAGUGGAGGCAAGAGUGAGUGAGGAGAGGGUGGUCACAGCUCUGUGCUGCUUGGGGCAGAACAUAGAUGCCCGCAGCUCUGGUGCUGGUACAGAGGCAGAGUUGCAGGUGGCUGUGGCUGUCCUGGAGUGGCUCAAGAACCGGGGCCACCGGGCUGAAGGCUCGGUGCUGGUGCCAGUGAGGGUCCCGGAGGGCUCUGGCUUCGCCCUUCGUCCAGCUACCUCUGCUGUGUACCUGGACAUGGAGCUGGAGGCAGAGGAGGAUGUGCAGGAGGUGGUGCAUGAGGCAGUGCCAUCCAGUACAGCUGUAUUCCUUGGCACAGAGCUGCUCAGCACCCGGGUGCUGGGGCCAGAGCCGUUCACAGCCUGUGGACCUUCGGAGCCCAUCACCUUGCGGCUCCGCAACAUCCUCCGGGAGUAUGGCGAGGAGGGCGACCUCUUCACAGAGAUGGUUCAGAAUGCAGAGGAUGCUGGAGCCACUGUCUGCCGCUUCCUCCUGGACCUCCGACGCUGCAGAAAGGCCGUCACUGGGCUGCUAGACCCAGGCAUGGCUGCCUGCCAUGGCCCAGCCCUCUGGGCCUACAACAAUGCCCUGUUCACAGAGGAUGACUUCCGUAACAUCACUCGGGUCGGGGCGGCUACAAAGGAGCACCAGGCAGGACGGAUCGGACGCUUUGGGCUGGGCUUCAGCUGUGUCUACCGCAUCACAGACGUGCCAGCUGUGUUGAGUGGGGCCACACUACUCAUCUUUGACCCCAAUCGCACCCAUCUGGGCAACCACAUCCCCAAGAGCGGCUCCCCUGGCAUCCGCCUAGACUUCUCCGCUCGGCCCCGCAUCCUCCGUGCCUUUGCUGAGCAGUUCCAGCCCUACCAGGGUGUCUUUGGGUGCCACCUGCCUGACCCAGGAGCCUUUCCAGGGACGCUUUUCCGCCUGCCUUUCCGCACUGAAGAGGAAGCUGUGGCAUCACAGAUAUGCUCAGAGGCCUUUGACACAGAGCGUAUCCAAUCCCUUGGCACUGGCUUCAUUGGCUCUAGUCGGCUCCUGCUGCUUUUCCUGCGGAGAGUGAAGGAGAUAUCCCUGGAGAUGCUGCCAGAUACGGCCACCUCACCCGAGGACGCUGUAUCUCUGGCCAUGCUGCAGCGAAAGACGAUCCGAGACUUGGGGGCUCCUGGGGAUCCCCCAAGCUGGGCAACCAUUGAGCGGCUCACAGCCCAUGAGAAGGCCUCUGAGACCACCUGGCACUACCUAGUACUGGUGUGCCAGGGGGAUGGGGAAUCCCUGGAGCUGUUUCACCAGAGGACACAGGCAGGGCUCCAUAAUCUGCCCCCUAUGGCUGGUGUGGCCCUUCCCCUUGCCCUCACUGAAGAUGGCAAGUGGGUGCCGUGCAUGGGUGCCGAGGAAGGACAGGUUUUCUGCCACUUGCCCAUGCCAGUGGCCUCAGGACUGCCCAUUCACGUGCAUGGGACCUUCAGCAUCCUCUCAAACCGCAAAGGGCUUUGGGACACAGCAGAGCAGGGCGAGUGGAACCGGGCACUGAUCCGGGAUGCCGUGCCAGCUGCCUGGCUCCGGGCACUGGCCCACCUCCGCACCCUGCAUGAGGCAGGUGAGUUGAAGAGCUAUGAAUAUCAUGUCUUUUGGCCAGACACCAGCACUGCCCGGUACCCCUUUACUGAAGCAGUGGCUCGUUUCUACCAGGCUGUGGCAGCCAGGAAUGGCCCCAGGCUCUUCUCUGAUGGCUGCUCAUGGUGCCCGCUGCAGGACGCCCGCUUCCUGCACCGAGCUGUGGCCAGGCACCCCAAGCUGGGGGCCGUGGCAGAACGUGUCUUCGCCACCACUUUGUCCCAUCCUCUGUUGGCUGUGGCCUUGCCAGAGCGGGUGCAGAGGGGCCUUGGGAAAGCGGUGGCUGCUGGCACCUAUGACUGGCCCCGGUUUUACUGUGAACUUGUGCUGCCCAACUUGGAAGACCUCUCUGUGGCUGACCGGGACCCACUGCUUCUCCAUGCGCUAGAUAUGUCCCAUGAAGAUGUAGACAAGGUGCUGCAGACAGUGCCCUGCAUUCCUGCCACCCCUCAUGGCCACCUGCAGCUCAUCAGCCGCCUGGUGCACCCCAGAGGCCGUGCAGCCUCUUUAUACAACCCCAAGGAUGGGCGCUUCCCCUCUGGGGAUGCAUUCCUGUCUCCAGAGAGACUGCGUCGGCUGGAGCAGCUGGGCAUGGUUCGGGAUGUGUUGGCCCUGCCAGAGCUGCUGGAGCAGGCAAAGACAGUGAAGCAUAUCUGGACUCAGGACCAUGCCCAGGGAUGCCGGAAGGCUGCCUGCAUCCUUGAACUGCUUCGGGAUGCAGUGGAGCAGAGGGUGAACAACACCGUGCAGGCUGCUUUCCGGACUGUGCCAUUCCUGCCUGGGACACUGCCCACUGGCGAGCAUGUCCUGCUCCCAGCUGCCCAGCUCUAUCAUCACCUCCAGGCCCCGCUAGUGGGGCUCAUCCACCCUGUUUUGGCUCCUGAAGUGCUGGGAAAGGACUUCAGCCUCCCCAAAGAGAUUGUGUCCUUCUUGGGGCUGGACCGGCAGCUACCAGCAGCUGCAGUCCUUGAGCAGCUGCGGGCUCUGAGCCAUAGCUCCAACGCCCUCCCUGCUGCAAGCCUCCAGGACAGCACCCGCCGCUGCUAUGCCUACCUGGAUGAGCUGCUCAGGAGAGACCACUCCAGCCGGGGUGAGGUGGCUACUGCAGUGGCCCAAGGGGAGCUAUUCAUCUUGGUGGAUUCCCACUUCAUGCCAGCCACAGCUGUGGCAGAGACUCUGUCAUUUGAGGCUGCCCCAUAUCUUCACCGGCUCCCGAUGCAGUACUGGUGCUACAGCCAACUUUGGGAGUGUGUGGGGCUGCGCCACACAUUCACCUGGAAUGAUUAUGCCCGGGUGCUUCGCAUCCUGGCUGAGAAGCAUGCUGGGGAGCCCCUGCCUGCCCCAGAGCUGGACCUGGCCUUGCGGCUGAUAUCCUGUGGCUUGAUGACAGAUGGCGAAGAGCCAGAUGCCUAUCAGACCCAGCAACUCUUUCUGCCUGACCACAAGGGCAUUUUGCGUCCGCGUGACAAACUCCACUUCAACGACACACCAUGGCUGCCAGUGGACAAAGGGACCAUGCUGUGCCAUGAGCAGCUGGCCCGGGCCACAGCCCUGCGCUGUGGGGUGCCUACCACACGCCACCAGGCACUGGAGAGGAGCCGGCUGCUGGCGACAGAUCUGAGCCUCUGGGCACAGCCAUUUGGUGCUCAUGAAGACCUGCCCACACGGCUGAAGAACAUCCUGCAUGAAUACCCAGUAUCUGCUCGCGAUGUGGUAAUGGAGCUGCUCCAAAACGCGGAUGACGCUGGCGCGGGGACUGUGCACUUUGUGUGGGACCGCCGGCAGCACCCAGUGGGUGCCACCUUCAGUGAGGCCUGGAACACCCUGCAAGGCCCUGCGCUCUGCAUCUACAAUGACAGUCCCCUUCAGCAGCAAGACAUCGAAGGCAUCCAGCGUCUGGGGGUGGGUGGCAAGCAGGGCCGACAGGACGUUACAGGCAAAUUUGGCCUUGGCUUCAACACUGUCUUCCACCUUACUGACUGCCCGGCCUUCCUUACCGGAGACAGUGCCCUGUGCGUCUUUGAUCCCCACCUCACCUACGUGCCUGGAGCCACAACUGAGCACCCCGGUGGGAUGUUCGCUGUCAACCCUGAAUUUAAGAAGACCUUCCCAGAUGUCUAUGGUACCUUCCUGCCCUCCGUUUUUGACCUGAACCAGGGUGUCCUUUUUCGGCUGCCCCUCCGCACUGCAGUUGGGGCUACCAGCUCCAGGGUGUCUGACAUGGUUGUGCGGGACGAAGACCUUGUGGCCAUGCAGACGACACUGGCUGAGGAAGGUGGUGACUUGGUUCUUUUCCUCCGGCACCUGCACACUGUAGUCUUCUCUGAGAUCCCCCUGGAUGGGGGGCCAUUGGUCAAGAGGCUACAGGUGGCCAUAAAGCUGGCAGAGGAAGAUGCGGAGCUGAGACGGGGUUUCCAAGCCAGGCUGAGCCAAGCUGUGGAUGGGGAUGGCCCCAUCUCUGUCUCUUACGUCAUGAGGGUCGAAACCAGCAGGGCCAGGGCCAGUACCGUCUGGGGGGUGACUGCCCAAAUUGGAGUGCAGGAGGGGGCUGAGGAGUCUCCAGUGCCUGGGCGGCUGCCAUAUGGAGCUGUGGCUGCCUGCCUGAAGCCACAGGGCUUGGACAAGCCCAUGGGCAAGGCUUUCUGCACCCUCCCACUGCCGCUGACCACAGGGCUGCCUGUGCACAUCAAUGCCAACUUCUCUGUGGAUGCGGCCCGACGCGGCCUCCGCCAGGACCAAGGCAGCACUGAAGCAGCCUGGAAUGGCUUCUUGCUUCGGUGCUUGGUGGUCCCAGUCUACUGCAACUUCCUCACCAAGCAGUGGAGAGCCCUGGGGCCUGAACAGCUCCAGUUCAGCUCCUUAAAAGUCUGCCAGCUGCACCUUACCCCCUACCUCCGGUUCUUCCCUGCUGUGACAGAGAGUGUGCCACCCACCUGGCGUGACCUGGUGAGGGACAUCUACAGGCACCUCAGCCGCCAGCGCCUGCCGCUGGUGCCUGUGUGCCAUAUGAAGCCACGUGACAGCAUGGUGACAAUGGCCUGGGCAUCUCCAGGUGGUGGGGAUGUGCUGACAGAACCCUACUUCCUUGAGACAGAGCCUCAGCCCCCUCUGUGGGAUGUGCUGCAGCACUUGGACAUGAACUUGGUGCCAGCAUUCGCCCAGCUGUGGCAGAUCUAUCAGGAGCUUACGGCAGCUGAUGUGGCAGCUGUGGCAUUGCAGCCAGCUUCUCUCCGGCGCUUCCUCAAGGCCCUGGCUCUCCCCUUGCCCUGCCUGCUGGCUGAGACACCCCUGCAGACCCCGAAGAGCUGCUCCAUCCUGCUGCAAUACUGCCUGGAGCCCACAGAGAAGGUCGAGGCAGAGCUGGAGGGCCUCCCCUUGCUGGCCAUGGAAGAUGGCUGCCUACGUGCCCUCAGCACCCACCAGCCAGUCUUACACAGCUCCUUUGCCCACCUCUUCCCCCACCACAGGCAUAGUUUUGCCACCCAGCUUGUGGCUGCCGUGGCCCCGACUGCCUUUGUAAAGGACCUUGACCUCCCAGAGGCCACGCCACUCAUCCAGGAGGUGCUAGGACAGCUGGAGUGGGACCCAGAUGGGCAGAAGUGGCUGAAGAAGCUGUGGGACUUCUUUGACGCUGUGGUCUACAAGCCCUCAAAGGCCAACAAGACGACUUUGGGGCCAGCCAUGGACAAAUUCAUAGACCAUCUCCAAGAUGCAGUGCUGCUGCCUGUGCAAGGAUGUGAAACAGGCUCACAGUGCCUGCUGUCACUGUCCUCCCUCCGCAAUGUUCUCUAUGAUUGUGGCACGGAUGUGGCCAAGGUGCUGCACAAGCUGGGCAUCCCUGUGCUCCAGAAAUUCCUGCUGCCCUCUGACUUUGCCUACCACUGCCUCAAACCACGGACACUGCAAGUCAUGGAGCCCAAGGCUGUGCUGGCCCGGCUGGCAGACAGCGUUGCUGAUCUCCACUGGAGGGACCUAGGAGAAUUCAAGGUGACUGUCCUGCUGCACUUCAUUAGUCAGGAGCCUCGGGAGCUGAAGGGGCAGGCACUGGAGCAUCUCCGGUGCCUGCCUCUAUUCCAGAAGUAUGAUGGGGACCACGUGGCUGUGGCACCCUACCGCAAGGUGCUGAUUUUCAACAGGCGGUUCCCAGAACUGCCUUCAGGUGCCGAAGCCCUGUACAGCCUGGAAAAGGACAUGCUAUUGCUCAGAAAAAAAUAUAUCCACGAGCAGCUGGCCAAGCAUUUAGGAUGGGAGGUCAUGGAUGAGCAACAGCUCUUCAUGACUGUGGUGUUGCCCCGGCUGCCCCAGCUCACAGCACCAGAGCUUGUGAAUGCUGUGCAGCUGUUCUUAACCUUGCAACACACCUGUGAGGAUAAGUUCAGGCAGGACAUCAAGACAGCCUUCCAGAAUGUGGCCUUCAUACCUGACUCCCAUGGCAUGCUGCAUCAGGCAUCCUACUUCUAUGACAACAGUCCCUCCCUCUGCACCCUGCAGCUCCAGCACCGCUUUGUGCCUGAGUCCUUCUUCAAAGCACUGGGUGCCAACCAGGAAGAUGCUAGGACCUUCCUGCUUGAGGUAGGUGUCCGCAUCAGCCUCUCUGCAGAGGAUUUUGUGGUACUUGCCCUGCAGAUAGAGCAUGAAGCCACCCAGCCCAGGGGCCACACUGAACAACUGCCCCAGCAACAGAAGAUGUUCGAACAACUUGUCAUCCUCUUGGACAGCCCGUUGCCAGAGGGCUUUCUGGAGCAAAUUGCCUCCAUCCACUUCCUGUCUCCACUGGAAGUGCCCCCGUGCUUGAGGGAGCUCCACCCUCCCUUUGCAGCCUGCACACAGCCCGUGCUCUUGAAGGGCAGUAUUUACAAUGACCACCAGGAUGUGGCUGAGCUCCUGUGGACAUCAGCCACCAUCCUGCCACUGUCCAACGUACCUGAGAAGAAGCUGGACCUGCUGAAGGCUAUAGGCAUCCUUGUGGAGAUACCAACUGCCCUGGUGGUGGCCAACCUGGAGCAGGUGUGCAGGGCAGCCUGCUGGACACCAGAGCAGAGGGCCACACGGGCCAAGGCUCUCCUGAAGAUGUACAACUUCUUGCAGAGCCGGCUGGAGGAAGUGGAUGCUGGACGGCUUGCUGAGCUACCUGUGGUGCUGACCAAGAUGGGGGACAUGGCCAUGCCACAGCAAGUGGUAACAUCACUCCCAGAUGAGGCUGACUUUCACCCUUAUCUCCUCAUGCCCGACCCCCUCGUAGCCUUCUACGGACACCUUCUGCAGCACCUUGGGGUGGUUCCACACCCCACACUGGCUCACUACAGCCAUGUCUUAGCCCAAAUCUACCAGGAGAGUCAUGCCAAGGGGACCCUCCAUGCCACCCAGAAGAAGACAGUCCUGCUGGCCACAAGGCACCUCUUCCAGCUACUGCAGGAGACACCAGAGCCCCCUGAUUUUUCUGCUGUGUCUGAGUUGUAUUUGCUGAGCACUGCCAACCAUCUAGAGUCAUCCCACAAGCUCUUCUUCAAUGACUGUGUGUCCUUGAGAAUCUCCAGGGCUUUGGGGAAGACCUUUGCUUUCAUGGCUGAACUGCCCAGGACUGGGUUCAAUGGCAGGUACCUCCUGCAAAUGCUGCCCCAGCGCCUGCGGCCACGGGCACUCUCGGAGGUGCUGGAGCAACAGCUGGAGGAGGGUAGCCUGCAGCCAUGCCGCUACAGUCCCCACUGCUGUGAGCAGAAGCGUCUGCAGACUCUCCUGGUAUCCCUGUGGUUCAGGACGGGACUGGAAGCCCUGCUCCAGUGGCAGAGCUACAGGGGGAUGAUGGGAAUGGAGGGGGCCAGUGGCUUUGCAGCAGAACAGCUGGAAGUGCGGUGCUGUGAGGACAUCCGCACUGUGCUGGUCCACUGUGGUACAAAGGUGGAGGGCAGCUCCCAGCCACGGACUGUCCACGUGUGCCGGGCAGGUGGUGCCCGGAGGCUCAUCUACCUGCGGCAUGCAGAGAUGAGGCUGGACCGGCACCAGCUGAGGGUCCUGGAGACGCUGGUGCAGGAGAUUAAUGAGCUUCUGGGUGGGCAGCUGGCAGCACCUGCCUUGUCUGUGCUGCGGGAGAUGCUGCUGUGCCAGGAGCCUUCGGAUGUGGCCAGUGUCCUGGAGGAGAAUGAUGUGGCACUGGCAGAUGCUGCGCCAGAGCCAUAGAAGGCCAUGGUGCUGGAGCCAGGGCUGUGCUCUUGAACCCAGACACACAUCACCCAAGCAAAAUCCAAAACAGUGGAGCAAAGAGCCAUCUUCAUAAGCCGCUUUGCCAUUUUGCCUUCCUCUACUUUGAUACUGAGAUAAGUAUCACAGAUGGAUCCUGCAGCCAUAUCUCAGCCUUUGCAGUUCAUUCCAGUGUAUUUGACUGCUCUUGAUGCUACCAAUGACAUCUUUCCUCACCGUCUUGCUGCCAGCGUAGUGGUAUGCCUAACUAUCGUCCCCGAAGGAAAGUCCUCAUGGUGUGCCCCUGUCCUUGGCCUGGGUGCUGCCCAAGCUGCUGGGCUCUCCCUGUGCUCCAGAACAGAAGCCAGUGGCUGCAGCAGUCCUGGGGCAGUUGGGGCUGGCCUGCAGCUCUGCGCUCCCAUGGCUCCCUGCAGCUUGUGGCUCUGCAUGGCUCCAGGCUCCCCCUGACUCUGGGCUCCCCAUGGCUCCAGGCUCCCUGUGUGUCUGGGGUCCCUGCAGCUCUGGGCUUCUUGCAUCUCUCCUGGACAGAUGGCACUGGCCCAGCUGGGACGAGACCCUCCUUGCACCAGGCAGGUGCAGUCAGUUGUUCCCUCCAGUAGUGAGUACAAGCCCCCUUUGGAGAAGCUGGGUCUUGUGCCCAUCUCCUCUCCAAGAAGUGCUGUGUUUGUGCCCUCUCUGAAGCAGCUGUGAGGGGGUACUGGCAAGCUGAUAGGCCCUCACUGCUCUCACAGCCUUUCUAGGUUGGCUGGCUGUCUCCUGUGGGAGCUGCAGGGUUGACUGCCUUUUGCUCUUCUGUGGCAUAUGAAGACACAGACCUCAGAUAGGGUGGUGCAAGAGAUCGUUUACUGAGAGAGCAAUGGCUGGUUAUAUAGCAUCCAAGCCCAGCCCCUCCUCCUGCCGCAUGUUUCCUUUGUGCAUCAUGGCAUCUCGUGAUAGGCAGGAAGGCACGUACUGAUCACAGGCACGUAGGUGGGAAGGCACGUACUGAUCACGGACAACUCACGUGCACACAUUCUGGCCAGAGCUCAUGGUUACCACAUCAUCACUUUCUGCCUUAGAGAUACUCCGCUGUCUUACACAGCGCCAUCCUACCUCCAUCCCCUACACUCUUCAGCUGCAUGUGCUUCCAUCACUGGAAAAAUAUCAUCCAGAGGGGGUGAUGUGCAGAGGCCUGAGGCUGCCCUAAGGCAGUUGUUGAGCGGGCUGACAGGGGCACCUGCAGCAGGAUGGCAGCAGAGGUCUGCAUGCCAGCGCACAUGGCAAGCGAGCCAGCAAGCCCUUUGUGCAGGUGGGCGGUGGAGACAGUGAUGCCAUGUUCCUCCCUUCUUGCAGGCACAGACGCUUCUGCAACAGGACCUUUCAGGAGCAACCGUAUGUGCUCUCACUCCUCAGCUUGCCCCCACUGCGGGACCACUUGCUGUCUUAUCCCUGCAUGGCCUUCCCCCCACUGCUGCCGUCUUUUAUCUGCCUGGCCUGUCGCACAGAGAGGCGCAUCUCACAGCCAGCCACCCUGGGGCCCCAGGCGGCCACAUCAGUGGAAAGGAGACUCAGUGUGCUCUCCAGCUCACUGUAGCCUCGGGGGCAGAGAUGCCUGCAAGGAUACAAGAGAAAUGGGUGCGGGAAGACAAACUACAAGACCCCCUUCAUAGCAGGGCAUGUUAAGGAAACAGCAAGUUCAGCUUGUGCUAAAAACUUGGAAAGCUCACACCCCACAGUGCUGGGCAGGCCUGCAUCCCUUGGGGGAGGAGGAAUAGGGGAGGUGUCUCCAGCCCACAGCCUGUGGAGGGUCAUUGUUUUAGCAGUUUAAAUAAAACUACUUUAAAAAGUAAAAAAAAAAAGAAAUCUCUUCAUGGGGCCAUCCCACUCACUUUCUCUCCAAAUCCUGGGACACGUCACCCUGCUGUGGGAGGAGCACCCUGCUCCAUUCCCUUCCCAUGGUCCAUGGAGGUGCUCAGAUGAGAGACUGAGGGACACUCGCUCUGAGAGGGAACAACCCCCGGAGACCCCCGAUCCUGUGAGUGGUCGAAAGAUAGGCCAGGACAGAGAUAGGAUUACACAUCUCACCCGUUCCCUUGGGAAGAGGGGAAGCUCAGCUCAGUCGGGCUUUCCUGCUUGGAACAAACCCUAUUUUAUUAGCUUCACAGCAAGGAGCCUCUGCCGCACAAUGAGGUGGGGGCCAAACGCGCCCACUAAGAACAGUAUGAGAUUAGUCACAUGCCGGUCCUGUGGCAGGGGACUGCGAGGAGAAUUUGGGAGUUGCAUGCAGCUUUUCUCUCACUCUUAUACAGCGCCAAGAAACUGGAGAGCACCCAACCUGGCCCUGGGCCUGCACCACUGUCCCCUGCACAUCCACACACACUGCUUCCCACACCUCCAUGUUUCCCUCUGCAAGCCCCAUUUGCUGCCUCCCAUGGCCCCCUGCCCCCUCCUUCCCAUAACUCCCCUUCCCCCCAUAUCUUCCCUCAGCAAGCCCCUGCCCACUGCCCGCAUCCCUGUCCAUGACACAGGGCUCAGUGCCAGGACCCCUCGCCCUAGACAAGGGCGAGCCUGAAUUCCCAAUAAGCACAGACAGACACACACACAGGUUAGACAGCAAGGUCAAAGAGCAAAUCACUGAGAACAGAGAUCAAUAAAAGGACAGGAGAGACUGCAGUGAUCAGGCAGACCAGUGUACAUACCAGCAGGCUACUUAAACGCACUCAGCCCCUUUUAACCCCCCAUUUCUCUCUGUUUUCUCAUUCCUGUUGCUCUGCAAUCCACCUGGAUCCCUCUCUUCCCAUGCCCUUGACCCUCUGCAAAACAACCCUUAAGAAGCUCUGCACACUCCCACAAUCAUUCUCAAAUAUCCCAGAAUAAGUUUGCUUUUCUCUCAUGAGACCCAUGAUAAUCUUGUUUUUCCUUGUUAGUCAUUACAAAGUCCUGGCUGAACCUCUUCAAAAUUAUUUUUGAGUGGUUCUCUCAGUGGCCCACUGAUCCUGAGAGCUCUGGGCUUUGCUUUUGUCUUUGUUAUCCUCUCGGUGGGGUUUGUGUGUCUGUGCAUUUGAUUUAUUCCCCCUCCUGUUUCUUGUCUGCUUUUCGUUGCAUAGCUGUCAGCCUGAUACCCUUACCCCAAAUUGCUUGCAGCUGCUUGUUGCACAUGCUGAAUUCCCUCCUGGGAGUGCUCAUGAAGCCGACAGGAACCAUCCUGCUGUGCCACGGCAUGAUGUGCCAUACCUACCACAAAGCGGCCUUCUGGGAACAAGCCAGAACUUGGAGGGCUCCCCAAGUCCUUUGGGUGUCCCCUGAGACCCUUCGCCUGUGCUGUGGGGGAUGGUUUCACCUCAGAGAUGCUCUGAUGCUCUGGGAAGCCUCUAGGCUCUGUCCCUUGUGAGCUCAGGAGCACGUCUUGGCUCAGGCCUGGAAAAUGCCUGCGUUUUCCAGUCAUCACCCUUGCAGACAAAGUCCCUAUCUCUGUGGGAGUGCCUCUGGCCCUGUUGCCACAGGAUGAUAUACAAGCCUCUGCUAGAACAAGCCUGGGCCCUGGGCUGGGAGGUGCACAGGGAGAAAGGGAUGCAGAGAGGGAAAUGUGCGCACUGCCCUGCAGAGAAGGAAAUCUGGCCUUGUCCAUGGUUUGCAUUGUCACAUCAUUUUGAGAGUCACAGCCACUACAGCUGGGAAAGCCCUUGCCUCUUCUUCCCGGAGUCCGGAGGGACGAGCCUUCUACCAGCACUGCGGUGUGCCCAGGCUGCAGGAGUGCCUGGCUCCCCUGGCUGUGGACAGGCACGGGGUCGAUCCCUCUCUUGCCUUCCAGGGUGGCCUGCAUGAGGAAGCCCCAUUUCACGAGUGAGCAUUGAGUGAGGCUUUACACGUGAUGUUGGUAUAUUUGUAAGCUCAAGCAAAGCUUUUUCUGAGAAAUGCCCAUGUUUUGGCCAAAGAUAACCAGCAUGGAAGCCUCCUUCCCAUUUCCUCUGUUGCAAAAAGGGGUCUGGGUCCAACUUUUGAAGAGGUGGGAAGGUCUGAGCCCCUCGUCUCUUGUAGGGCUCCCGUCAGCAGGCCUUCAUGGUGGUCUUGGCUGCAGGAGGGGCCAGACCCCCCAGCCGAGUGUUCCUUCACCCAUAGCAGCUGUGCCAGGGAUGUGGGGCUGGUGGAAACAUCCAGGGCCUCCUCAUCCAGUCUUGCCCUGCUGGGCCAGGUCCUUCACCCUUUCCUUCCCAGAUAUACAAGGAUGCUCCUGGCACCAGUGUCUCAUUGGAUCCAUAAAGGUGUCGCAGAGAGGUGGAGUUAGCCCUCUCAAGGGGAUCAGGGACAGACCAUUCCCAGUGGAUGCUGAGGUUCCAGAGGAGCAGUGAUGCCCUUGCUAGUGCUGGCCACACUGGCCCUACAAGCACUGCUGUCUGUUCCUGUGGCUCUGCCCAGGCUCAGUCCCACAGAUGCUCAUCUGUGGGACCUGCUGGAGCUGGCCCAGGGAUAUCUGCUGGCACAUCCUUGGUCUGGGACACUUCACCCCAGUUGCCUUUCAGGCAUCUUGCCUGCUCUGGCUGCUACAUUCACUAGUCUAUUUGCUUCCGCAGGCCAUGGCAGCUGCUGCCCUGCUCCUUGUGUACUUCACAUUGGACCCACGGAUGCUACUCCUCCUUGGCAGAUGCCAUGGGCACAAGUGUCACAGUUGUGCUGGCAUGGACACUGGCAAGAGGCAAAGGAUGUGCGUCCUAGGGCAACAUUUGGAGCUGGGCAGGGCAGUGGUUUGAGUGGGUUCCUGGUAAGGAGAGUUGCGUGGCCACAGCCAGCUCUGGGGAGACCUGGCCAGCAACUCCCUGCCUCAUCCCUUGGGGGCAGCUCCCCCACAGAAUCACACAACAAUUGAGGUCGGAAAGGACCUUUGGGGAUUAUCUAGUCCAACCCCCCUGCUCAGGCAGGGGCAACUACAAGCGGGUUGCCCAGGACCAUGUACAGUUGGGUUUUGAAUAUCUCCAAGGAUAUCUCCACAACCUCUCUGGGCAACCUGUUCUCAUGUUCAGUCAUUCCACAGUGUUUUCUUUUGUUCAGAUGGAAUUUUCUGUAUUUCGUUACUGUGUCAUACUGAAUUGUGGUAAAGCAUAUAUCCAAGGA